AUGAAAUUUCAAAUGACACAGCACCUCACGACUUCUACUCGCACCACUUGUGGAUCAGAUGACGGUUUCCAGGACUGUAUAAGUGAGGAUGAAGGGAAUGAAUUAUUAAUGAAACAAGAGAGUUUAGCAUUAGAGCGCCGCAUGAAAACCGUGGGCAUUCGUGAUGGCCUAGAGACUGGCAAGGAAGAGACAUUGCAGCAAGGCUUUGACCAAGGAUAUGCAUUGGGAGCUGCCAGAAAUUUUUGUUAUGGACGCUUACGUGGUGCGCUAGGAACGGCGGUGGCUUGCGGGCUCAUGCAAUCAGACAUGAUCGCGGAAGCAGAAGCGUGCAUGCUAAAGCUUAGGACACUCGAAAUUGACGCCAGUGGCCACCAGGUUAGUAAGGAUGACGAUUGUUUCUCAGAGGAAGUUAUACAACAGGCUGAGUACAUGUUGACAAGUCUGGGCAUGAACCUUUCGACGUCCACAAAACAACAGAUCUAG